AUGUCUCUAGAGACUCGCUACGAGGAGCAGGGACUCGGCUGGGGAAGCUCCCUGCCGGUGCCCAGCGUCCAGGAGAUUGUGAGGAAGGACCCCCUCUGCGUCCCCGACAGGUACAGGAGAGGCUGCCUGGAGAAGCCCACGGCGGAGGCCCUCGCCACUUCCCUCGACGUCCCCGUAAUCGACCUCUCGCUUCUUUCCAGCGGCCACGAAGGAGAGAGACGAUAUCUGGACAGCGCCUGCAAGGACUGGGGUUUCUUCCAGGUACAGAAGCCAACACGCAAUCCAUUUCUGGCCUUCUUUCCCAUUCACAAACAUAGACUAAAUCCCGCCUUGUUGUCGUCCUUCCGCAGAUCGUAAACCAUGGGAUCAGCGAGGAGGUCAUACGCCAGAUGAGGGCGGCCGCGUCUGGAUUCUUCGACCUCCCGAUAGAAGAAAAGAGGAGAUACGCCAUGGCGGCGAACGAUAUCCACGGGUACGGGCAGCUCUUCGUCGUGUCUGAGGAACAGAAGUUGGACUGGGCAGACGUCCUGCACCUGAUCACACGCCCAAGCAAGCUGAAGAAUCUCAAGUACUGGCCGACCGUGGUGUCAAGUUUCAAGUAAGAACGAGAGAAAAUCAUACACGUUAUCGUAACUUGGUAGAAAUUCCAAUUACACAACACCCGACGCUCUGCAAAUCCAUCGCACUGACCGCGGAGGACACGGUUUUCUAACAUCUGCGCUCUCGAUUCCAGGGACGCCCUCGAGGCAUACUCAAAAGAGCUAGAGAGGGUCACCAAGAUGCUGCUCGAAAACCUUUCCCGGUUGAUGAACAUGGAGGAGGACGGCCUGCUAAGAUUGCAUGGGGACUUGACGCAAUCCACGAGAAUAGCUUACUACCCACCCUGCUCCCGGGCAGACGAGGUCCUGGGCCUGGGCUCGCACUCCGACAAAGGUAGUAUCACGUUUCUCCUCCAGGACGACGACGUCACGGGGCUUCAAAUCAGGCACGGCGGCAUGUGGAUCCCCGUCAAGCCGAUGCCAAACGCAUUUGUCGUCAACAUCGGCGACUCCGUUGAGGUAUCCACUCCGAGCAUAUCACACGGCUUGUUGUACGCUCUUUUCAUUUGCCUAUCUGUCGAAAAUAUAUCUAUGUAUAAGCCCACAUGUUGACAAGGUCGUGGAAUAUGUCAUGGCGCAAUGAAUCUCAUUCCACUGGAUCUUGCAGGUGUGGAGCAAUGGUCUGUACAAGAGCGUACAGCACCGGGUCAUCACAAACAGGGAGAAGGCGAGAAAGUCCAUCGCGAUGUUCAUUCUUCCGCACAACGACGCAGAGGUUGGGCCAUUGGAGCAGAUGGUGGACGAACCCCAUCGGCCGAGAAGGUAUAGAACGGUGAGGUUCCUCGACGUUCUAAAGAACCUCAAUCAAAGGGAGCUUGAAGGAAAUUAUGUGGACGCGUUGACCCUCCAAGAUUAG